AGUAUACAUUUUAACACAAACUUUGAUAGAAAAUUAAGAAGGAGACGGCGAAAAUGAGGAGAGGGUUGGUGCUGCUCAGCUUGAUGGUGGCUGCAGUUGUACUUUGCAAUCACGGGUCAGCUACGGCAGAAGAGCAGCAGCAAGUGAAAUUAGCAGAUGCGAGCAACAGUAGCACAUCGCCAUGGACACUAUCUGUACCCAGCGAGAAUUAUGAUGGUUGCUAUGAGAUUUUCAAAUGCGUGUUGUACCCAAAUAGAAGCUGUAUAACCGAAUGCUGCAAGUCAUACCCCUUCAGUCUUUACCCUACCAAAAAUUGCGUUUGCUGGUAUAGAGCCGAGCAUGUGAAUAAACAAGUUUUUACUGCUAUUCAACAAUAUUGUGGCUUCAAGCAGUAUACUGUUUGUCCACAUAUGCAAGUUAGUUUUCUCCCUUCUUUACAUAAUACUAAACGAGAACAGUAUUUUUGUCUUUUUGAACAUUACUGCACAAAACCUAAUGCGAAAAUCUAGCAGGAAAUAAACCAGCAAGAGGUGGUCGAAACUAUCAAGGCCAAAGAGUAGUCGUAGCAACCAGCUGGUGUCUACUUGUUGUGCCAAAGAUAAAGAAAAGAUAAAGACUUGUUCUAUAUAUGUAUUUGUGUUGAAAUACAUAGUUGUACAGCAUGUAAUUAUAGUAGUACCCUUUGGUAGUAUAAUAGCAUUUUAUUAUUAAAAUAAAAUAUGUCAUAACUCCCACUACUCCAUAAUGUAAAAGUGGCCAUAACUCUUUUGUAACUCUUCUCCCAUGUUCUACCACUAAUUACAUAAUAAAUUAACCAUUAUACCAUGUUCUCCAUGAUUUCAUAACUUAUUACCCUAUUUUCUUCCAAUUUAAUUCAAGGAAGAAAUCCUACACCUAUAAAUAGGAGUCUUUCUUCUAUAUUGUGGUGUGAAAAAUAAUUGUAGAGUGUUUCAAUAAAGUGAGGUUAAAGUUGUGAAAAAAGAAGAAGAGAGCUUUUACAUUUGCUGAAAGAAGGUAUUCAUUUUGGUGGAGCUUUGGACUCAACUACUUGUCCAGAGUUUGUUCGAGUCAUACGACUCGAACGUGAUUGGGCUGUUGUAUCUUGGGGGAGACAAGUCAAGAGAAUUAUCGCUGGACCAGUGAAGACUCUGCUACAGUGGGCUUGAAUCUCCUUAAAGAGAGCGAGAUAUGCGCCUCAGCCUGAAGAUAUUUUAUUUUCUUCAUUUUAUUUUUCAACUUUAAUUGUAUUUU